UUAUUCAUUGUCGGGAAGUGAGCAACGGCGUGCAACCCACCCUCUUUCCCGCACAUAAUCCUACCCCACUAUAAUACAAACAAACAAAAUACACAUUACCAAAACCCUAAUUAGCAUAUUCUUCCUCCAUUCAACCAACAUUAUCAUUAUUAUUUUCUUUUUUUUUUUGACAAAAAAAAAAACCAAUCAACAACAAUAAUAUCAUCAAUCACCUUCUUCUCCCUUAGCUAUCUCUCUAUACCUUCUUUCUAUUUUACUUUAUUUUAUAUCUUCUUUUUCUUCUUUCUUCACUCACUCAUUCACACCUUACAAUAACCCUUUACCUCUUCCCAUCACUCACUACCUAGCUAGCUCAUAAUUCAACCAUUUCUCUUCUCUCUCUCACUCUCUCAUCUCAUCUUCUUCCAAAACCUACUUCUUUUUUUUUUUAUGAAUUCUUCCUAGCUAGCUAGUUAUUAAUUAUAAUUAUUUUCUAGAUCUAGUGAUCAAGUUAGUCAAUCCAUCCACACACAAGAAGAUAAAAUUAUCAGAAUCCAACUCACCUAACCUUUCUGUUAUAAAUUAUAAACAAUAAUUUUUGCUUGUCUUACGAAAGAUAAGCUAGGUUUAAGAUUUGUAGUGACUGGAUCAAGCUCAACUGUGAUGGCGAACCGGUGGUGGACCGGACCGGUAGGUCUAGGUGGGAUGGACAACUCAGUAACUUCCUCCCCACUUCAAAAACCAGAUCUGGGUUUCUCCAUGAAUGGAAGUGCCAUUACAGGAGGAGGUUUGAACAACAACAAUAAUAACAACAACAACAACAACAACAACAACAACGAAGAUCAAGAUGAGAAAGAAAACAGCGACGAACAAAAAGGAGGAGGAAUCGAAACAAACACAUCGACGCGCCGUCCAAGAGGACGACCAUCAGGAUCAAAAAAUAAACCAAAACCACCAAUAUUCAUAACAAGAGAUAGCCCUAAUGCACUUAGAAGUCACGUAAUGGAAGUAGCAACAGGAACAGACAUAUCAGAUUGUGUUAUUCAGUUUGCUAGAAAAAGACAGAGAGGUAUUUGCAUUCUAAGUGCAAGUGGAACCGUCGUUAAUGUUUCUCUCCGGCAACCUACAGGUCCUGGAGCUGUGGUGGCUCUUCCUGGUAGAUUUGAUAUUCUAUCGUUAACUGGUUCUGUUCUUCCUGGACCUUCACCUCCUGGUGCUACUGGUUUGACUAUUUAUCUUUCUGGAGGUCAGGGACAGGUCGUCGGCGGUGGUGUUGUUGGGCCGCUGGUGGCGGCUGGACCGGUUAUGUUGAUGGCAGCGACUUUUUCAAAUGCUACUUAUGAGAGGUUGCCUGUUGAAGAUGGUGAUGAUCAGGAGCAAGGACAGGGUGGUGGUGGUGAUGAUGAGUCUCCGACUGCUGCGGGGAUGGGACAGUUACCGGGUGGAUCUGUCGGAGAAGGUUCGUCGGUUUAUAAUAAUUUGGGUGUUACAAAUGGAGGACAACAACAGUUGUUGAAUAAUCAUGAAGCUUAUAAUAAUUCUCCUUGGAGUCAUGGUAGAACACCAUACUAAUUAACAAAGGUGAUGAUAAUCCUGUUAAUUAUUAUUACUGUAUUAUGAAGCUUGAUUAAUUUCACUUCCUUUAUAUGUAUUGAAACUUUUUGUUGUUAAUGUUGAUUAGAAUGAUGAUUUGAGAGACUAAAAUAUUGAAUUGCAUUAUGAUUAUAUGUAUAUUUAUCUUAUAAGCAGUUAUCACUAGCUUUUACUGAAUUAAAUCAUUUAUAGUUGAUUUGGGUUCAGCUAGCUAUACUACUUCUGAUCUCAUCUAAAUUAAUAAGCUAGCAGUUCCUUGAA